CAAGACAGCCAAUCUUCGACUUGCCGGUACAUGUCCAGCUUGUUGAUAGGAGCAGCCCAUUCAUGAGUUCAAAAGGUUCAGCGGGCCAAAACCUGGUGCAUUCACCUGUCAUCAAACCAACCGAUCUGAUUGAAGGAAUGGAGCUGCAUCCGGACAGUACAUGUUUAGAGAACUUCCCGAAGUUACCGCUGUGGAUUAUAGAGUAUGUCUGGGCUCACAAGAUGAUGGAUAUACAGCAAGUUGUUGACCCUUCCUGCUGGCCGGAGGUGGACUCCCAGCCUCUGAGCCUUGAAGAUUCGUGGAGGCUUCGUGUUGCUUCUGCCAAGGUCUAUUCCAUUGUGAAGAACAGGGAUCUGGAGCACUUUGAGAAAGUGGUGGGCUUCCUGGAAGCAACUUACAGCCUUCUACCCAAACUGGUGGCUCCCAUCAAACACAUGAAGAUCAUGUUUGGCGUCAAGACAAUGCUCAUUAUGUGGAUGCUCAGGGAAGGCCGGGGAAUGGUUGAUACUGUAGUUAAAAUCAGCCAAUUCUUCCCAAGUAAACUACCUCAGUACCAAGAUCAAUGUAACCAACAUGAGAUGUUUCUAAUGAGGAAGAACCACCUGGACUUUAAGGCUCUGGCACAAGUACUUGCUACUGACAAGGACAAACUCAAAGAUUACAUUAAGAAUCAGAUGGAGGAGCAGUAUGGUGAACAUUAUGCCCAGAAAGUAGAGGACAGACUGCUGCACUAUCUCCAAAAGUUGGAGACUGUGUUACCAGGAGAUACAUACAUUGAUAAGAUAAUGAAGAAAGAAAGCCCUGUGACUGAGGAGGAGAAGCUGUUGUUGGAAGUAGUUACCACUGACUCCACGAACAUAGCAACAACUUUAAAGAAACUGCUGCACUGUGAUGUGGCUUCCUGUCGGCUGAGCAGUAAUUCUCCGUCAUCAGCACAUGGACAGAACAGAAUGGAAAGCUCUUCUGCUUUUCUCUAUGCCAGUUCUUCAAAGGCUCUCCUCAAGUCAGUGGAAGCCAAGAUUCCUCUACAGUUUCAGUCAGAGGUUUUUGGGGGAGGAGGGGAGGCUGACCAAGAUGUGCCCAAAGACAGAAAUGACAAUGAUUCAGAUGUCAGUAGUCAUCCACAAACAAAAGAGGAUGGCGAGGUAGACAAGAAGGUUCAGGGAGACAGCAGUGACCAGAAAAAGAAGGACCUCAGUCAGAGAAGCAGUGAAAGUGUUCAGGAGUCCCCCUCCUCCCCUCAGUUCUGCUCCAAACACCAACGAUGGGUGAAGAGCAUCCUGCAGGAGUGUCCUGACGAGUGCUCAGAAGAGCUGCUGCUUCAGGCCAAUGUUUCCAUGUCUCCCCCACUAUUCCAGUCGUCUUCAUCUGCCUCUUCAUCACAGGACCUCACGCCUUCUGACCUCAUCCCAUGCCCCCCUGACCAACAGCAGCCACCUUCACAGACCUCCACCGGUCUUCAGACAACAGCUGCCCAGACAUCUAAUCAAGCAAGCCCCAAAAAAACAGCAAGUGAUAUAUCUCAGACGGAAUAUCUACCACAGCCCUCUUCAUCCAGAGACACUCAGCUGCCUGUGGUCAAACUGGUUGACAUUGCAUCCGUUGGACAUCCGUUGCACUUCAUCUUUAAACCACAUCAAACGGCUCUAAAUCACUUAAUCACUUCUAGUAAUAAACAGGCAGCUUCCACUUCCAGUCCUCAGGUACUGGGCUCUCCACACAGCCAUACCUCAGGGAACAAUGCCAUACUUGGAGAAACAAUGAAAGACUCUAUGUACGAUCAACCAAACAACGUGGUCCGAACAAAUUCCCAAAUGGAUCCUGUAUCUCGGGAUGCAUCUACCUCUAGCAGCUGUCAACCACAAACUGCACGAUGUGUUUCCAAACUUUCAAGAAAGUUUGGAGCUUACACUUCCACCAGACUGAACACAUUCAGUCAGGUCCCUUUAACUGAGCAGUUUGAAAAGGCCCCUACUGAUGUUCGGACAAGUUGUCCACUUUUGCCGAACUUCAACCUCUCUGAGCCUCUGACAAAAGAUGUGUCUACCUCUGUCUCUCCAUCAGGAAUUGCUUCCUCUGUCUGUGUGAUCCCUUUAUGUACGGAACCGUCACGACAAUCCAUCAAACCUCAUCCCCAGACACCCAACACCAGUCCUUUUCAAUCAAAGACUAGCUCAGCUGUCAACUCUGAUUGCCUAGCUGUCAGGUCUGAGACCAGCAGAGUCCGAACAGACCAGCUGAGAUUGUCAAUUCCAAGUCAGGCUGUGCUGCUGCAGUCCAAGCUGCUACAACCAUGUGUGACUCUGACCAGACUGAGCACUCAGGAGUGUUACAGAGUGACGAAGUGGAAACCCUCCACCAGAUAUGUAGAGCCUGUGGUUCAAGACAGCAAUGAUGACAAUGUUGAGGAUAGGAGGGAGGAGGAGGAGGAGGAGGAGGAAGAAGAUGCAGUUUAUUCUUUUGAUCUGAACCUUCUUUAUUCCAGUCAUUCUUCAAGUAGUGACAGCGACGACUCACAUGUUUGCGACCCUGAUUACAAACCAUUAAAAAGAAAGACUUGAAGGAGCGUGAAUCAUGUAUGAGAGCAAUUUAACAUUCGACUAUAGCCUAUACCCAGGUAUACUGGCUAUUUGACACCAAUAGUCAUCAAUGUUUGAUGUUGGAGUUAAAGAAAUUGGGUAACAAUCCAUCGGACAAGAGUUAUACUUUUAACAAACAAUCUGGAAACUGGUCCAUUAGAUUUGUAUUUUUAAAGAAUUGUGCGAAAAAUACACACAAAGUGGCACAUUUUAUAGUGAAGACAAUCAACUUGACAGUGCUCUCUGGUGGACAAACUAUGUAACAGUGUUUUUUAAAUUACUGCUGAUCUAGUUUCAUAUUUCUGUAUGCAAAUAUUUGAGGUUAAGGCUGCACUAAUAAAUAUUUGUGUAUGAGCAACAGGUCAAACGACUGUGCGUGAUGUGAAAGUGGUCACGUAAUGGCAAACCAACAGAAAAUGAUCACCCAACUCUGCAGAUUCCUUGGUUUUAUUUGGUUUUACUGCUGACAACCACAAUCAAGCUCACAGUCAUUCGCUGGUGAAGGGCCAGGGGUCAUAUUCAUUCAUUUCACAUUCUGAGAAUACUCUCAGACAGAGCUCCUAAUUUAGCCUGAACAUUUCUAGAAAGGAGUCGUAGCUGUGCGUUUCAGAAUCGAUUUUAAGAUUCUUUUACUGGUUUAUAAAUCUCUUAAUGGUCUUAGUCCAGCCUAUUUAUCUGAUUUACUUUUAUCCUAUGAACCCUCGAGGACCCUCAGGUCUUCUGUGAGUGGCCUUUUAAUACCAAAAUUAACUAAAACCCACGGUGAGGCGUCGUUUUCUCACUGUGGUCCACGUUUGUGGACUUGGCUUUUACCUGAACCAUUUUUAGAGAUUUUUCUGCUCAUGAAUCUUAGUGUUAUUACAUCUUCUCUUUUAUUUAUUUGUUUGCUACUAUUUAUUAGUAUUAGUACUAUUUAUUAGUUUAUUAAUUUCCAUUGUCGUUAUUGACUUUUACUUUUUUAUUUUUAUUAUUAUUAUAUAUAUCUUUUUAUCUUAUUUUAUUUUAUCUCACUU